CAUUGCUAAGUAGUGGAAGUAGAAAAGUUGUGUUCCAGCUGUGUACUAUGCGUGAAAAGUUUUGUGCCGUGUUGCGAUCUGUGGUGCCGCCGCCGCGCGUUUUGUGCUUGUAGCGGUAUUUUGCGAACUUGACAUUUUGGUUUCGGACCAAACGUUGAAUGAUUUUAACUGCUGUUUUCUAUGUGCUGUAAAUUAGAUCUUGCUUCAGAAAACUGUGGGACAGCGAGCGAAUAUUGCUCACUGCGGCCGUUUUACGGAUAUUUACUCAAAGUGUGCAAUCUUUCCUAUCCUAAUAAAUGGAUGCAAGGAGCAAGCUGUGCCGCUUGGAAUAGAAACCCAGUUGCAUUUUUUGCAGAAUUAUCAGGUUUUCUGAAAGUGAUCCGGAAGAAAAAGCCUCCGGAGAAAAAGAUAUCGGAAGAAGAAAGAAGUUUCCAUUCUAAAAAAAUUAAAGAAAGGAAAGUCGUGAAGAGGACAUGCAACGAAGCUGCCCAGCGAGCUGAUUUCAUUUGUCCCGGGAGUCGAACGAAAAUCGGAUUUCUCCUCACUGUAGAAGUCUUUCAUCGAGAAAUUGAGCUGCUGAAGUGGAAACUUAAGAUUGGAUCUGACGAGAUGUCACACUGGAAUCUAGUCGAGCUAAAAAAGUUCCCCUUUUGGUUGGAUUAA